CAAGAGGAAGGAGAGGGAGAAAGCAGGCAGGCCUAGGCUACUGAGGAGAUGCCAAUCAAGGCACAGAACACGGAAGGGAGCAUCUUCCAGGAAGGAGGGCUGAGCGAAAGGAUCGCGGGUCUGGCGUGUGUACGAAGGCGCGAGGAAGCGCGGUCGGCUCGCCGGUUCGAACCCGGGCGAUCCCGCCUCGCAGGAGCGUCGUUCUCUCAUCGAGGUUAAGGGCCGAGGGGCGCAGGGGCUGAAGACCCCCCUGUCGGAUCCCGGAGCGUGAAUCUCCGUGUGAGGGGAAGGGCGACGGGAGAGGGAGGGAGACGGAUGUGGGCAGCAAAGAAAGGCUUCACGGGCGGCUCUUGUUGAAGGGAGGAGGAGGAAGGUUGGAGGGCUCUUCUCCCCCCACCCCCGCCGUCGCCACCGCCUCCCCAGCAUCUUUCCGCUCUUUCUUUCCAUGAAUGGAGCUGUUCGCCUUAUGGUGGAGACGGCCCGCGGGCGGCACGUUUGCGUUUUGCAGAGACUGAGCCGCUCCUCCAGCCGCCGCUGCCAGCACCAGCAGCACCAGCAGCAGCUCCGCUUCCCUCCGCCUCUGCCUUCCCGGAGCCCCGCCGCCUCCCGCCGCCGAGAAACUUUCUCCGGGCUCCUCCGGCCGAGGGACCGAGCCGGCCUGUCGGGGCCGCCGAAGGCGCUGCAGGAGGCGGCGGGAGCGGCGCCCCUUCCUGCCGCCGGAGAAGCCACCGACCCGGAGGCUGCGGCGGCGCCGGGGAGCUCUCCGUGGUGCUGAAAUGCGCUCGCCCAGUCCAGCCCUGCGGGAAGGGCAGCCCCGCGUCUCCCCGGCCCUCUGAUCUGUUGCCUCCGAGUCGCCAGCUCUCUCCUCCCUGCUUCCUCGAUGCUGGAUCGGGACCGUCGGGGCUGAACGAGCCAUUCCCAUGUGGAUGCAGAAUGGACCGCCGCUGGAGGAUGGAUCAAUUGCUUCUUUACAUCAAUGCAGCCCUCCUGGUGUCUUUCAACUGGGCCAGCUUGAGCCUGGUGGAUGCAGACAGCCCCUCUGCUCCAGUCAAUGUCACAGUCAAGCUUCUGAAGGCCAACUCAGCUGUGGUGACCUGGGAUGUCCUGGAAGAGGAAGUGGUCAUUGGAUUUGCCAUCUCCCAGCAGAAAAAGGACGUGCGCAUGUUGCGCUUCAUCCAGGAAGUGAACACCACGACCCGCUCAUGUUCGCUGUGGGACCUGGAGGAGGACACUGAAUACAUUGUGCACGUGCAGUCCAUCAGUAUCCAAGGCCAGAGUCCGGCCAGCGAACCUGUCCACUUCAAAACUCCCCGGGAAGCUGAGAAACUGGCUUCCAAAAACAAAGAUGAAGUGACCAUGAAGGAGAUGGGGGAGAAAAAUCAGCAGCUGCGAGCAGGGGAGAUUCUCAUCAUUGUCGUGGUCUUGUUUAUGUGGGCAGGGGUGAUUGCCCUGUUUUGCAGGCAGUACGACAUCAUCAAAGAUAACGAGCCAAAUAAUAACAAGGAGAAAGCCAAAAACAUGUCUGAAAACAGCACCCCGGAGCACCAGAGUGAGGGGCUCCUGCGCAGCAAGUUUCCAAAAAACAAGCCCUCAGUGAACAUCAUUGAAGCAUGACAGACUGAUGGACGGACUCUAUUUCUCUCCCUCCCUCCAAGAUUUGGCAACUGGGGAAGUGAAUGUUGUCAUAUUGUUGGAAGGAGACCUACCCAGCUGCUGGCUGUGGGUAGCAUCCUCUCCAUCUUGGUCCCGCCAGAAAAAGCCAACAAACCCAACCUAACGUCGAGAAACUCUGCAAGGACCAAUAGACAUAGACUAUUGGUUAAGGGAGAAAGGAACAUUUCCAUGGAAGAUGCCCAUCUGGCAAUUUGGAGAAGUUCCCCCAGGGUAUGUGCCCACCAACCAAUGUUCACCUGUUGGCAUGGCUAGUAGGGGUAUAGUCCUUCACUGUGACCUUCUCUGUCUUGCUUUCCCACCACAUUCGUCUCUUGGGAAACGUUCCGUCUCACUGCUGAUUUGCUUACCACGUACCACGACUCCACGUAAAGCAGGAGAUACUGCUGUGGACUCUCAGAAAGAAUAUUGCUUGCCCCUUCCUUCAUGACAAUAAGGGAGAAAGCCCUUCUUUUGACCACAGGCCAUACCAGGAACUUGAGCUGCAAAUUCCACUCGAGAGUCAUGCCGUUUGUGAUUUUAACAUAAACAACGAUUUGCAGGCAUUCAGUUUUAUUUCUUAAAAAACCAAACAAAACAGAAGCACAUGAUAUUCCACACCUGGGUUCUCAGGACUUCACUACCUGCUUCUCAUGGGUUAUUCUAAGCAGUUGCGAGUUUCCUAUUUUCCACUUAUGUUUAGUGUGUUGUAAGCCCCAUGCCCCACUGGAUAAUCAACAGAGUAUGCAAAAAAACAAAACAAAAACCCAGCUCUGUGGAACAGCAAGAUCUGACAACUCCCAGAGACAAGAAUCAAACUAUCCAGUCUUUUACUCUUGGGAUGUUGGAACCACAUGUGCAAGACAAAUCUGUAUUGGUUUUGUACCACUUUGUUAUGGUUUCUCCCAGAGAGUCCUGGGAAUUGUAGUUUAGUAAAGUCAGAAUGCUUUACUGCCAGUGCCUGCAACAGCAGCCUUGGUGGAUUGAAAGUGAAAAUUCAGAUAGCUCAACAUUUUGUUUCCUACAAUGUUUCUGGAAGCUGAGAAGCAGAAAAUGCAGAGUUAUUAGCAGUCGCAGACAAUUUCUUCUUUAAAGGCUGUGAAGGUACCCCAUCUCAUGGCUGCUAAUGUCAUGAAUGAAUUUUCUGUUGUGUGAAGUCAUCCGGUUUGAGUAAGCUCCAGAGAUGGGAUGAGAAAUUACCUCUUGUAGACCCCUGGUCUCUCCUUGCAGAACUACAAUUUCCAUAUUCCCCAAGAAAGAAAGGAUAUCUUGUCAUCUGUAGUGUUGAUUUGGUCUGAUUCCUUCUCUGCAUUUCUUAGCAAGAUUUGAUACAGGCUGCUGAUCAGCUGCAAUUUGAUUCCAGAAAACAUAGUCGGUAAUCUACAUUCACAACAGUGUGAUGUUGAUAAAAUGGGCAGUGUGGGGUCUCUGUGUCUCCUUAGGACACCCUGGCAUCAUUGGGGGCUGUCUGCUCUGCAGCUCUGCCCUGCAGUCAUGUGACUAGACCUUAUGGGGAGGCCAAAGCCCCAGACACAAGCCCAACGAAGGUUACGUUUCUCAAGCAGAUUCUCAUGCAAAUUUGCGUGCAAAAUUUAAAGUAAAUUAAAAUUUAAUUCAUUCCCAUUUAUGGAAGCUGUUGGAUUCAGAUAUGUGUGCGCGCGCACACAUGCACGCACAAAACAAUGAAUUGUGUCAGUAUCAUUGCCUUAAUGAUUUCAUCUUUUAAAAGUAUCCCUUAAAACUGAAUUCUAAAAGACAAAAUAUGGAAAUAUAUUUAGUUCAGUGGUUUGUACUUCUCUCUCUUGGAACAGAAUUUAAAUCUCACAACAACCCUGUGAGGUAGGCCAGGCUGAGAUGCUGCAGCUUACCCAAGGCCGCCCAGCUAUCUUCAUGGCUGGGUGAAUAUUUGAACCCACAUUUCCCACACUUGAGCCCGACGGGUGAGCUGCUGUGCCAUAGUUGCUCGCAAACUUACAUGUCAGAUGGAAAUGCUGUUUUACCACUCUUCCUCCAGAGGUGGAUUAGGGGAAGGGAGUCUAUACUGCAUCUGCCCCCCACUAAAAGAAGGGUUAAAGCAUGUCCAGAUUCUUGGAUUCAUCAUUCCUUUCUUACUGCUGUAGUUACUCUAACCACCCAAUUGCUGUUUUUGAUCAUCUUGUCAUUCCAUCAAAAUGACAGAAGGGAGGCCAUCCCCUCCAGUUUAUCAGCAUUUAAUGGCUGAAAGCUAGUCCCUCUGUAGUUGGUCAGCCAUUGACAGACACACAUGGCAGAGGCAGACACCCCCCCCCCCCCCCCACAAAAGGAAUGAAGUAGAUUUUUGGAUGCUUCAAGCCCCUGCAUCCCCAGUGGUGAGAAUUGCUAAUUGCAGCAUCCAAACCAGGGGUCUGCAACCGGUGGCUUUCCAGAUGUUCAUGGACUACAAUUCCCAUCAGCCCCUGCCAGCAUGGCCAAUUGUAGUCCAUGAACAUCUGGAGAGCCGCAGGACACUGGUCCAAGCAGGGCUCAUUGAGCAAACUUUCCCUGGACUUGGCUGGAAAUAAGAUGGUGAAACAUCAAGCUCCAGGGUUCAUCUGGCUACCUCAAAUGCUUUUUGAGGCCCAAUGUUUGCCAGAGGCAGCCUUGGAAACAGCAAAUGUAGCACCAUGAAGAAGAGAGUGAGGUGUGAGCCAGGCAAAGGGGUGGAUUUUUGUCUUGAGCCCUCUGCUUGUGCUAUUUAAACAGACACAGAUGAGAAGAUAAAGUUUUCUCCUGGCAUGUAGACAUAAAGGGGCGGGGGUGCGGUUUCUUGCCUAGAUUUCUGCAAGUCAGUACCAGGGACAGAAAGGAGACAGACCUGUAAUGAGAUAACUAUCCCACAUCCUGUUAAGAGAUCUGUACCAAUCAGCUUGCCCAAACAUUGUUUCCUUCUGCUAAGUAGUCACAGAGACUUCAAAAGUGACUCUUCAAGUUUCUGUGGCGACUUAGCAAAAGAAAAUAAUUUUUGAACAAACUAACUGGUACAGCAGGAUAUGAGAUAGUUAUCUUGCUACAGCCCCCCCCCCUGCCCUUCCCAAAUCUUAUCUCAGCAUCAAACUCAGCGGGUGGCCUUCUGCAAGCCAUUCAUUCCUAGGCCACUCCUGCAUCUAGAGGGUAAUAUGAGGAUAUUACUGUUCGCUUAGCAUAAGGGACUGUUGUAAGGACAGCGGACGUCGCGGACGUGAAGUGCUUUGAACUCUGCAAAGUGCUGUGUAAAUGCUCAGUAUCGUUCUGGGAUAUGAUGCGGCCUUGAUGAAAUCACGUGGCCUUCUCCUUCUCGCAUGGAGUCUCCUCCUUUGGAGGUUUUUAAACAGAGGCUGGAUGGCCAUCUGUCAGGAGUGCUUUGACUGUGUGUUCCUGCAUUGCAGGGGGUUGGUCUUGAUGACCCUUGGGGUCUCUUCCAACUCUAUGGUUCUACUCUGUUACGAACAGUUAUACAACAGCAUUACCCUUCUUGCUCCCUCCCCCUCAGCCCAUCACCUUGCCUUCUUCUAGUUCAGGAGCAGCCAAGUCUGCAGGCAGACUCCGUUCCCAGUUCCGUAAUGGCGCUGAUCUGCUUGUUCAAAGGAAUGUUGCUGCACAGAUGACUAAAACAGCACUUCAAGUGUUCAAAGUGCAUGAAAUCCCUUUCUGGCCGGGGCCUCGGCUCAAGCUGCAGAUGAGAUGCCUGCGUGUGAUACUGCUGUGCUGCUCUAAUUCACACUGCACACCUGGCUGCACCAGAAGCAAGCAAGACAUUUCCUAACCUCGCUCCCCUUUGAUUCUUGCUAGAAAGGUGGCUGGAAGCAAAUUGGCAGGAAGGUUCUUUUUUUGUGAUAACUUAGAGCAAUAAACUGUGUUUUUAAAUGUA